GGACUGAACCGCCUUUGUGACAUCACGUGGUGCAGAGGUUGCUGACGCCUAUGGAGACCCUAGCAUUCUAUUGACGGUAUCGGGUAGUUUGACUCGCCAGAACAGUGAUAACCACCUUGGGUAGAAAAGGCUCCUGCUGCUCGCGUAGCGCAGUAGGUGGCUUGAACACCAAGCUCAUGAAGCUAUGCCAGACCCAGCUGCUGGGGAAGUGCGGGCAAGGGAAGCCCCAUCUAGCCCUGUACCUGAACUGAACGAGGACGACGGGGAGGGUUCAGAGAGGGAUGGUGACCAGGCCCUGUGCCAGGGUCCAGGCUCCCGGGAGCCGCAGCAUCCAGACAGCCCAAAUGAACGCAAGGCCAAUGGGAAAGACGGUGACGACAGUGCUGCACUCUCCUUUCCCAGAAAGCUUUGGAGCGUAGUGGAGAGCGAUGCGUUCGAGUCCGUGUGCUGGAAUGAAGAUGGAGACGCUGUGCUCAUCGAGGUGGACUGCUUCCAGAGGGAGAUCCUUGGCCAGAGAGGCGCAGAGAGGAUUUUUGAAGCAGACAACUUGAAUAGUUUCAUUGACCAAGUUCAUCUCUAUGGCUUCAGAUGGAUACGCCCACACAACUCUGAGGCUCAGUCCUGGGGGAACAGAGCGACG